AUGGUUUUUGAACACGACCUCCCAGAGGCAGCUGUGGAACGCUACUCCAGGCAGAUAAUUGUUCCUGGGAUACGUGUGGAGGGACAAAAAUGCCUUGGGAACUCGGGGGUAUUGGUGGUUGGAUGCGGGGGCUUGGGAUGCCCUGCAAUCAUGUAUUUGGUGUCAUGCGGAAUCGGAAGAUUGGGCCUUGUUGAUUUCGAUAAAGUUGAGAUUCAUAAUCUGCAGAGACAGGUUAUGUACACUGAGGCAGAUGUAUCCCAGUAUAAGGUUGCGGCUGCACUGUCCUUUGCCAGAAGGGCGAACUCCUCUAUUGAGAUAGUAGGAUAUAACGAAUUCCUCAGUGAGGAGAAUGUGGAAAGAAUCAUUAGCCCGUAUGACGUUAUUCUGGAUUGCACAGACAGUAUACAUACAAGGUACCUUCUGAGUGACUAUUGCAAAGUCCUUUCCAAAAACCUUAUCUGUGGAUCUGUGCUCAGAUGGGAAGGCCAGCUAUACAAGCUUACGCCUUCUGGACCAUGCUACAGAUGCCUUUUUCCAGAGAUGAAGGAAAGAACGCUAACAUGCGAAGAUGCAGGCGUGGUAGGACCCAUUUGUGGAGUGAUUGGAUCUUUACAGGCCCUAGAGGCAAUUAGGGUUAUCACAGGAGACACAAGAUCGAAGAUGGUUAUAUACAGUGGCAUAGGAUCUGACCUUGUAGACUCUCAGCUUAGAGGCCCAAAGCCAGACUGCAGUGUUUGCUCAAAAAAGCUCAUUCAUAAGAGUCUCUCCUUUCCUGCACGAAGAUGUGUGCCUACCAGCAGUACAGAGAUCGAUCCAGACGUGGCAACAGUUGAUUGGAAGGACAUCCUAGGCAAUCUCGAAUCCUGUCUCCUUAUAGACAUUAGAUCACCGAUUCAAUAUGAAAUGUUCAGGAUAAAGGGAUCCAUCAACAUCCCACUUGAGAGCCUGCUAGAAAAUACCGGAAAGAUCGAGGCAGUGGGAAAAAAGGUAGGAGUUGUGUGCAAAAAAGGAAUAUCGUCAAAGAAAGGCGUUCUAAUACUCAAAGCCAAUGGUGUUGAUGCUUUCUCUGUUAAUGGAGGGAUUGACGGACUUAAAAGCUACCUUAGAAAAACAGAAAAGUAUAUUUCUGAAUAA